UGGGAGAAGGUGUUGGGCUUUCGUUGCAGGGAGAGCUCUGGGACUGGUGCUGUUGAAUCUCCCUUCCUCCCCACUCAGGCUGUCCCUUCUCUCCCAGUCUGUGUUUCUCCUGCUGAGAUCUCACACCCUGCCUGUGCUGUCCCUGCCCUCUGUGCCAGGUCUGCCACCCCCAGCCAUGUCCUGCUACGACCUGUGCCGUCCCUGCGGCCCCACCCCGCUGGCCAACAGCUGCAACGAGCCCUGUGUGAGGCAGUGCCAGGACUCCCGGGUGGUGAUCCAGCCCUCGCCCGUGGUGGUGACCCUGCCCGGGCCCAUCCUGAGCUCCUUCCCCCAGAACACCGCCGUGGGAUCCACCACCUCCGCCGCCGUGGGCAGCAUCCUCAGCGAGGAGGGAGUGCCCAUCAACUCCGGGGGCUACGGCCUGGGGAGCCUGGGUGGCCUUGGUGGCUACGGCCUUGGUGGGCGCUACUGUGGCCGGAGGUGCCUGCCCUGCUAA